CUUAUCUUCUCCUUCUUCCCGAUCCUUCCUCCCGAAAACCCCCCUAGGCCACCGACUCUCUACCCCUUGAAAACCCGGUGAGAUCUUGAUGAAUUCUCUUCCUUUCUUGUUAAAUCACAAGAUUUGGGGCUUAGAAUCUUCCCUCUCAACCCAGAAAUACCGGAUCUGCUCUGCUUCUUCCUCCCUUGUCCGUUGGGUUCUGCUGGGUUUGAAUCCUUCGGUUUUUCUGUGUGUCGUGAGUUUUCCCCCUGGAUCCCGUCGGCUUCCUCACCAGCCAAGCUCGGGUUCUGCUGGCUGGAAUUCUGGUACUGAUUAUUCUGCACUCUAGCACUUGGGAUUAGUGUUCUGUUGGUGCGAGUGAGGUAAGUAAAAUAUGGUAAAGCCCUUCGAUUUUAAAGCAUGUUUUCAAUUGUUUUUGAGAUGGUGGCAAGGUUUAAAUUG